GGGGGCCGGCGUGGGGGGGGCACGGCUUGCGCCUCGCCUCAUUGGCUGGCGGCUGGUGUCCGACCCGAGUCCGGAGCCCCAGUCCCCAGACUGUCAUCACCCCUCACCCCCGCCGACCCCAGACCCCACUUACCUCCCUUCUCCCGCUCGUCGCCCCCCUUCCCGGGCCGGCAGCGCAGCCCCGGGGCUGGAGCGGGCUUGUGCUCGGAGCAGGGAGAGGAGCCCACGAGGCCGGAGAGGGAGGCGGGAAGUUCCCAAGUCCGCACUGGAGAGCCGGCGGGCGGCGGGGAGCGCGCAGGAGGGCGGCGGGAGGAGGCGGCGACCCGGCGAUCCCGAGCCUGAGGCCGCGCGCGGAGCCUCGGAGCUGCCCGGGAGCGGCAGCAGCAGCCCAGCUACCGCAGCGGCUCCCGGCCGAGCUCGGCCUCCGCGGACCCGCGCCCUGGGCAGCUGCGCCCCCGCUGCCGAGCACCGUCCCCCCACCACCACCCCGGGCGCCUGGACGCCACCUCUGCCUGGUCCCCCCCCCCCGCCCCCAAUCUCCUUCUUGCAGCUUGGGGACGACUGCGGAGCUACCAGGCUGGACGGGGCUCGGGGGUCCUGACCCGCAGCCCCGGAGCCGGCAGAGGGAGGCGCCACAGCCUUCGGCCGUGCCGGGGGAGCUCGCUGCCGGCCGCCAGGUGCCGGGCUUGCGGACAGCCCCUCCCGCCUUGCCAUGCUCCCCAAAGUGGAGACCGAAGCCCUGGGACUGGCUCGAUCGCAUGGGGAACACGGGCAGAUGCCAGAAAACAUGCAAGUGUCUCAGUUUAAAAUGGUGAAUUACUCCUAUGAUGAAGAUCUUGAAGAGCUGUGUCCUGUGUGUGGAGACAAAGUGUCGGGGUACCACUAUGGGCUGCUCACCUGUGAAAGUUGCAAGGGAUUUUUUAAGCGAACAGUCCAGAAUAAUAAAAGGUACACAUGUAUAGAAAACCAGAACUGCCAAAUUGACAAAACACAGAGAAAGCGUUGUCCUUACUGUCGAUUUCAAAAAUGUUUAAGUGUUGGAAUGAAGUUGGAAGCGGUAAGGGCGGACAGAAUGCGUGGAGGAAGGAAUAAAUUUGGGCCGAUGUACAAGAGAGACAGGGCCCUGAAGCAACAGAAAAAAGCCCUCAUCCGAGCCAAUGGACUUAAGCUGGAAGCCAUGUCUCAGGUGAUCCAAGCAAUGCCGUCUGAGCUGACUAUCUCUUCUGCCAUUCAGAACAUCCAUUCUGCCUCCAAAGGCCUACCUCUGAACCAUGCUGCCUUGCCUCCUACAGACUAUGACAGAAGCCCCUUUGUGACAUCCCCCAUUAGCAUGACAAUGCCACCUCAUGGCAGUCUGCAAGGUUACCAAACAUAUGGUCACUUUGCUAGCAGAGCCAUCAAGUCUGAGUAUCCAGACCCCUACACCAGCUCCCCAGAGUCAAUCAUGGGCUAUUCCUACAUGGAUAGUUACCAGACAAGCUCCCCUGCAAGCAUCCCACAUCUAAUCCUGGAACUUUUGAAGUGUGAGCCUGAUGAGCCUCAAGUCCAGGCCAAAAUCAUGGCCUACUUGCAGCAAGAACAGGCGAAUCGAAGCAAACAUGAAAAGCUGAGCACAUUUGGUCUCAUGUGCAAAAUGGCUGACCAAACCCUCUUCUCCAUUGUUGAGUGGGCGAGGAGUAGUAUCUUCUUCCGGGAACUGAAGGUUGAUGACCAAAUGAAGCUGCUUCAGAACUGCUGGAGUGAGCUCUUAAUUCUCGACCACAUUUACCGACAAGUGGUACAUGGAAAGGAAGGAUCGAUCUUCCUGGUUACUGGGCAACAAGUGGACUACACCAUCAUUGCGUCACAAGCCGGCGCCACGCUCAACAAUCUCAUGAGUCACGCACAGGAGUUAGUGGCAAAGCUUCGGUCUCUGCAGUUUGAUCAGCGGGAAUUUGUCUGCCUGAAAUUCUUGGUGCUCUUUAGUUUAGAUGUCAAAAACCUUGAGAACUUCCAAUUGGUAGAAGGUGUCAAGGAGCAAGUUAACGCCGCCCUGCUGGACUACACGAUGUGCAACUACCCACAGCAGACAGAAAAAUUUGGGCAACUACUCCUUCGGCUCCCUGAAAUCCGGGCCAUCAGCAUGCAGGCUGAAGAAUACCUCUACUACAAGCACCUGAAUGGCGAUGUGCCCUAUAAUAACCUCCUCAUAGAAAUGUUGCAUGCAAAGAGAGCUUAAGUUACAACCCCUAGGAGCUCUGCUUUCAAAAAACAAGUAAGUCAGAGAGAGAGAGAGAGAGAGAGAGAGAGAGAGAGAGAGAGAAAUUGGUGGGGAAUGGGGGAAAAGAACAAGAAAGGGGGAAAACAAACCAACAAAAUGCUCUGAGCUGCUCCAAGCAACACCAAUUACAAACUGGGUUUCAAGAUGCUGGAUUUUAAAAAGGCAUAAUAAUCGAAUAUGUAGUAGCAAGUAAGUGACACAUCAGGGUAUAUGUAUUGCAAACUGUGAAUCAAAGGCUUCACACCCCCCAAAAGGAUUCCAUAUAAAAGACAUUGUGAUGGAGUGGACUGAACUCACUGAUGUAGAUCUCUACCAUGUCAGAAUUAAAAGGGAAAACAAAACAGAAUAACGCCUGUAUAUUUAAACAGAUCUUCGCUGUGAAGAAAGUUAAGGACCAAUCUGUUAUUAGUUAGGCUUAUACAGCAGGGGAUUGGAACUUCCGGAUUUCCUCCACUAUACAGCUGAGAAAGCUGAACUGAAACCCUUCUCAACAAUCAUCAGCUGCACCUGUAAUAACUUCAGCCUCCCUGCCCUCUUCCUUUCAAAGUCCCAACACUUCUGCCCUGGCACCUUGGAAUCUGCCCAUAGGACUUGUGCUCAGCCACACCCAUGAAUAGCUCCACCGACCAAAUCAUGAAAAAACCUAAUUUCUGAAUGGCUCUCUUAGACCUUGCAAACAGCUCAUGAGAACAACCUAUUCCUAUGUUAACUUGCCAUUUUGAAUAAGUCCUGGUUUGUUUUGUCAUGUAUUCAUAAUGUUCAAAAACACAAAAGGAACAGGCAGUAUCCCUCUUUUGAUUAUAUAUAUAUAUAUAUAUAUUCAUAUGUAUAAAUAAACAUUAACUAAUAUUAAGGGAAAUGAUUACCGAUUUAAGGUAAAUGCUCCCUAGAAAAAUAAAGUAAGUUAGUUCUUAUGUCUGCUAUUAUUACUGAAGGGUGACUUUGGCAUUAUUGGUUUUCAUAACAAAUUUCUGGCCAAACAGCUUGUUAAGGUAUAUUUGCCCAUCCAAAUUGUUCAUAUUAAAAAUAAAACAUUAGGCUUAGUUUGCUGGGAUGUUAAGUAGUCAAAGUUCUAAGUAUUUGAACACAGAACUGAAGCAUGCUAAGCUAUGGGGAAAAAUCAACAACAAAACAAAGAAAGCAAAUUGACUGACCAAAGGUCUGCACUUGUUAUAACUGAACGUUCCCUAAACCUAAGAGUAGAGGCAGUGACUUUUAUACAUGAUCUGGAAAGAUCUUAAAGUAAUUCAACUCUUUCCCUUUCCUUCCCACCCCCCCCCAAAAAAAAAGGUGGGGGUGAAGAGAAUGAUACUGACCUUUUCAAAGCCCUAGAUUGCUGUAGAACAAAUAUUGGAGGACAAAUAAUUACAAAACAAACUCCCUCAACAGUAUCAGUAUUAAAAAUGCAACAUCACAACCGUGGAUGUCUUGCCUUACUUCACAACUGAAAGGUAGCUGUGCAGAUGUGCACCAACAUUUGUCCAAAAUAAAGUAUUCACACUUUCAAGUCCAAUGAAAUCUAGCGUUUACAUUCCUUCGGUCCUGGGAGGGUGGUGGUGGGAGAGGCCAGUGAUAUUUCAAAAAAGCUGUUGGAGUAAUUUUCUUAGUGUUAUUUUUCUGAUUGGUAAUUAUUUUUUAACAGUACUUAAUUAUUGAAUGUCGUGAGACACUAAAAUCAAAAACAGGAAUCUCAUUUAGACUUUGGAUUUCUUUGAGAAUAUCGGCAGCACAAUCACUUGUAGAAACUGUAAAAAAAAAAAUUAAAACUAUCUCCUAGUCCCUUAAUUUUUUCAUAAAUGUUUCUGGCUUUUGAAUAGUUUAUUUAUAUUGUAUAUGAUAGUUUAAACUGUAGACAAUUAUGAUGCUAAUUUAUUGUUCCUUGGUUUCACCUUUGUAUAAGAUAUAACCAAGACUGAAGAAACCAAAUAUGUGUGUUUACUGUAGCAUGUCUUCGAGUUAGUACACAUAGUUCAGGGACAUAGAAGGGUGUUAAUGAAUUGAGAAUCAUUCAGUUGAUUAAAUGUGUGUAAAUCUUCAUAAUUCUUCCUGUAGUUUAUUUAAUAUCUAUUGUAAAUUAUGUGACUCGUAAAGCUUCCUCUUGUUUUCAAGUAUGCUGAUCAAGGGUGAACUCUUAACCUGGUUUUCCUUUCCAAACAUUGUAAGUUGUAUACCAAAGAUAUUAGUUAUUACUUCUGUGUAUACAAAGAGGGUUAUUUUAAUAUUUUUAUUGGUCACCUCUAAUACUUGUCCCUGUGAAGGGUACACAUUACCUAAGCCGGGUAUCUGCUUCCCAAGUCAGUCUCAGUCCCCUGUGUCCUCUCCAAAGCUCAAAGGACAAUGGAAAUCGGAUGAUCAGACUCGAUAAUCCAAAGUGUGAAACAGAACAGCAGCAUCCUUGCUCUCCAGCUUAAGGACCAAGUUGACUAGAAGAGAUGGAGAAAGGAAUGGUGCUGUCAACAAUUCAUAAGUCCUGUCCAUCUUGCAUGUGAACAUUGGUGAAGAUCAUUAUCAGGUCGUUAGGGACAGUUAUUUAGAGGGUCUUUAACAAUACAAAACAACUCAAACACAUGAAAUCUGAAAGUCCAUGUUUCCUUAUUUCAAGUAUACAAUCUUCCUUCCUGAAUGUUACACCUACAUGUCAAACCUAAAAGAAAUUGUCAGUUACUGGUAGGUAGUUAACUUAGUAAAUCACGCUGUGAGAAGUUAGAAAAGCAGGCAGCAUGGUUCCAUCCACACGUCAAGCACAGAUGCAGAUAGACAAGAACAUGCCACAGUCAGUCUCAUCCAAAAUUGGCAGGUGAAAUUUCUCUAGUGUUAAUUGUGAACCCAUUUGGAACCUUAUCAAUUCCAGGAUACAUUCAUAAAAUCAGACUUGCAUAUAAAGGCUUGUGGCUCAGCUGGUCUUUAUAGUUGGUCGAUGUUCGUGAGCACACACUCUGUAAUGUCUGAAUAUUUGUAUCACAGAUCCGCAGCUACCUUGGAUCUGAACCCAUGCAAUAUUUCGUGUGUGAAGUCGGUUACUUGUUGACGUUUUCUUACUGUAUCGGUGAAACACAUAUUGUCAUGUCAGUUCUUGCCAGGAAUUUUGCAACAAAAAUGGAUUUUUUUCCAGCAUUUCAAUAAAUAUUGAUGUGCCCAGCCUGA